CUAGGAGGCUCUUUCAACAGCUUAAGGCCAGUGGGCAAGGGCCCUUUCACCGCUGCUUGAAGCAAGAGGCUUCAAAACAGACAGAUCUGCACAAAAGUUGAUCCGAGUACAUCACACGAGUGGCCGCCAUGGGUUACGUCAAGACGGCCGUGAUGAUCCAGCGGGGCAUGAAGCGCUCCUACUGGCGCAAACUCAACCGCUUCCCGCACCACAGAUGGGACAUGCUCAAGUGAGCAGAGGGAAGGGAUGGAGCAGCAGACUCGUGCAGUGAGUGAGAGCCCCCCCUGCUCAUUGCUGCUGUGUGUUCCCCUCCCCUCCCUGUCAGAAAUCUUCUUGAGGCGCUGAUACGCUACCAGCGCAUCGAGACGACCCUCUCCAAGGCCAAGGAGCUGCAGCAAUACGCCGAGGAGAUCGUGUUCCUCGCUAAGAAAGGUCGGUUGGGUGGCACUGCACUGCACACGGGCGCUCGACUUACACGCACAGUGCAGUGAGUGAGUGCCUAUCUGCCAUCCAUCCGUCGGUCUCACUCAGACACGCCCGAGUCGGAUCUGAAGGUGGAGAGUAUGCUGCGGACCCCGGCGGCGCGGCGGAUCUUGUAUGAGGUGCUGCUGCCGCGGUACGCCGAGCGGCAGUUUUUCUUCACUCGCAUUGUCAACCAGUUCCGCUUUCGGUACCGCGACUCGACGCCCAUGGCCUUCAUCGAAUACGUCGAUCGGUGGGUGACCAGAGCACACUGACGAUGAUACCUGGUGUGUUGUGAAUGGGUGUGAGUGAUAUCUAUCGGUUUAGGCCUGGCGAGCUCCGGCCGGCUGAUCCUGUGGGUUGGGAUCGGAAGAGGUUCGUGUGGGACAAAAUGACCAACGGCACACGCAGGGACAGGAGGAAAUACGAAGCGGUACGCGGGGGGGGUGAAUGAUAUGAGAGCACUCGUGUGUGUGUGUGUGUCGGUGGGCAUGUCACUCUCUCUCUCUCUCUCUCUGUGUGUGUGUGUGUGUGUGUGUGUGUGUGCAGGAGGCUCGUCGGAAGGGUUUGUAUGACAUCUACGACAAUUUCUGCCCCGACAUCAACCUCAUACCACGAGACGAUGCAUACGAGGCAAGGCAAACACUCCACCCACCACACACACCACACACCGCACACAACCAGAAACACGCUCCCCUGUGCGUAGCGUUUCUCUGUCUGUGUGCUCUAUGUGUGCACCGCACCGCACUGCAGUGGCACAGCGACGAGGAUGCCCACUACGAUGAGCCACCAGAAGAAGCGGAGGCCGCUGCCCCACCCCCAUCAGAUCCACCGGAAGGGGAGGCCGAGGUCGAGGGAGCGGACGUGGCGCCAGGCCAUGACAAGGAGGGCAAGCAGAUCGUGGUGUCCAAGGGGCCCAGACUGGGGCCUGGGAAGGGCAAGGUGGAGCUGCCUGGGCCGCACCGUGCGCUGCAGCCGUUCUUUGUGGACAUCCCCCCGCCGUCCCACCGAGAGAUGCAGGAGAACGUCAACAGGCUGCCUCACAGACCUGUGUGAGUGGAGGGAGGGUGGGAGUGGAGUGUCUGUUUGGCGGUUGGUUGGGGUGAUGUGAUGCGGUGCGGUUCGUGCGGUGCGGUGUGUGUACAAUAAAUACAUGGCUGGCGCAUGGGAGGGGACUCAUUCAUGUGUGUGCAUUCCAUUCAUGAAGGACAGACACUUGUCGGUCGCUUGCUGGUC